UUGUGUCACUUGCUUUUUUCAACUUGCAUUGAUACCACGGCCGAAGCGAGCAGUUAAACAGUUUUUAAUUAAAUAAAUAUAUUUUAAAAAAAUGGCCAGCCAAACGCAGGGAAUCCAGCAAUUGCUUGCUGCUGAGAAGAAGGCAGCUGAAAAGGUUGCCGAGGCCCGUAAACGCAAGGCAAGGAGAUUGAAGCAAGCCAAGGAUGAGGCCACCGAGGAGAUUGAGAAAUUCCGUCAGGAACGUGAACGCUCCUUCAAAGAGUUCGAGGCCAAGCAUAUGGGCAGCCGCGAAGGUGUUGCAGCCAAAAUCGAUGCUGAUACUCGUGUGAAACUUUCCGAUAUGGAGGGUGCCAUCAGGACACGCAAAGAACCCGUGAUUCAGGAGAUCUUGCAAUUCGUCUACAACAUCUCGCCCGAGGUCCACAAGAACUACAACAGGAAGUAAAUUGUAUUGUUGUCUUUGAGGGGUGGGGCUUUGGCCUAAUCCCAAAGGAAAAAUAUGCUCGUUUCUAUUGUAAAUUCGAUGUCCAAGUUCAACUCUUUUAAAUGCAUAUAAUUUAGCCCCUUAAUAAUAGUGCAUUACUAUAUUAAACAUACAAA